AUGUUUUCCCGCGGCGUGCUGUGGCUGGCGUGCUGUACGUGCCUGGUGGCGGUAGCGCGAGUGGCGGACUGCAAGGGGCCGUGCAUGAAGGGGCUUCCACCAACUAAAUGUUCCUACCGCAUUGACGGUCGAGGUGAGGCGCGCGUGCUCAACAUGAAGCGUCUUGAGCGGCUGUUCGGGAGCAAGGGAUGGACGAAAGAGAAAGAGAAGAGCCUCUCAACGUCAAGGUUCUUUGAGGUGUGCUGCAACGGGUAUAUGUUCUUCCUCGUGCCGCCCAAGCUGGAGCCGCCGUGCUUGAAUGGGCUGUGGCCGGGCGAGUGUUCGUGGCGGCCGCAGGGCAAAGGCUGGCUGCGGGUGACGAACUACGAAAAGAUGCACCGCUGGGAGAAAAAUGGGUGGAAGGUUGUGAAGAAGCAUCCUCCUGGCGGCUUCUUCCGUGAGGUGUGCUGCAGCGGCAAGGUGAGCCUCAUGGUGCCCCAACGCUCUCCCACACCCAAGCCUGCCAGGAAGCGUGCCGGGGGAGGGAAACCUGUUGAGGAAAGGAAACGCUCUCGCAGUAGGAAACGUAUCACAGUAAAGAAACCCGCUCUUGUAAAGAAACCUGCCUCUAAAAGGAAACCAGCUGCAGGAAAGAGAAAACCCGAUGCAGGAAAGAGAGAACUCGCUGCAGGGAAGAAAAAGCCCGCGAUAGGGAAGAGAAAGCCUGCCCAAGGAAAGAAGAAAUCUGUUCCGGGGAAGAAAGUUGCUCCUGGAAAGAAGAAACCCGCCCCAAAGAAGGAAACUCCGAGGAAGACAUCUACUCCACGGAAGAAGGCGUCCCUCAUGAAGAAGCCUCCUCUUAAUAAGAAGAAACCCGCCCCAUGGAAGGAAACUCCGAGGAAGACAUCUACUCCACGGAAGAAGGCGUCCCUCAUGAAGAAGCCUCCCCUUAAUAAGAAGAAACCCGCCCCAAAGAAGAAAACCACCUCGAAGAAGACAUCUCCUUCACGGAAGAAAGCGCCCCUAGAGAAAAAGUUUCCCGUUGAUAAGAAGAAAGCCGCUCUAAGGAAGAAAGCCACUCUAAGGAAGAAAGCUGCUACUGUCAAGACACCUGCUCAAAGAAAGAAACCUCCUCCAGAAAAGAAACGCGAAUGUGACUGCUCCCAAAACUCUGCCAAAGAAUGUGACUGCUCCCAAAACUCUGCCAAAGAAUGUGACUGCUUCCAAAACUCUGCCAAAGAAUGUUACUGCUCCCAAAACUCUGCCAAAGAAUGUUACUGCUCCACUUCCCCCAAACCUUUCCCAAAGACUGAACCUCCCCCCACAACAACACUCCCAAAGAAUGUGACAGCCCCCAAAACCCCCCUGAAGAAUGUCACUGCCCCAACAACUUCCCUGAAUAAUGUGACUGUACCUUCAGCUCUCCCAAAGAAUAUAACUACUCCCACUUCCCCUGCAGCUCUCCCAAAGACUGAACCUCCAACCAUAACUCUCCCAAAGAAUGUUACUGCUUCUCCAACUCUCACAAAGACUAAGCCUCCUCCUCUCACGCAAACUGCAAAGCCUUCUCCCCGGACUGAAACUCUUAGCAAACCCAAAACUGCUCUUCCAAAAACCGCAGCAGCAAAUAAGACAAGGAGCCUCCAGCCAGAGACCAGAAGGAAAAUUGAUACUGGUGGUGGUCAAACUAAAGCCCUUAUGAACGAAACAGGCUUGCUACAGGGAGAGAAAGACGUGGAGGGCGCCCUUAGCAGAGUGGAAAGGAAAGAUAAACCGGGAAAGAUGAAGGAGGGACACGAAUUUGAAAAUCUGGCUGAAAAGUUUCCUAAGGACUUGGAAAACGUAGUCGAGGAGUUUCACGAGAAGUUUGCAAAGGAAGUGAAGUGGAAGAAGCAUUAA